AUGAAUGAUAUCAGUCAUGGAGUUCAGGUAACAAUAGGUGGAAGAGCCAGCUACUACGUGUCCUAUCGAAGAGAAGCCUUCGCCCAGAUAAAGCUGCCCAAGUACUCCUUGCCAAAGGACAUGCACAUCAUCAGUACAGAUGAGAACCAAGUGUUUGCAGCCGUCCAAGAGUGGAACCAGAACGACACCUACAACCUCUACAUCUCAGACACACGUGGGAUCUACUUUACCCUGGCUAUGGAGAACAUUAAGAGCAGCCGAGGUCUACUGGGAAACAUCAUUAUUGAAUUAUAUGAGGUAGCAGGUAUCAAGGGCAUAUUCCUGGCAAACAAGAAGGUGGAUGACCAGGUGAAGACAUACAUCACCUACAACAAAGGCAGGGACUGGCGUCUACUGCAAGCUCCAGAUGUGGACCUGAGAGGAAGCCCAGUGCACUGUUUACUGCCUUUCUGUUCCCUACACCUGCAUCUGCAGCUUUCUGAAAACCCAUAUUCCUCUGGAAGAAUCUCCAGCAAGGACACAGCCCCUGGACUUGUGGUUGCCACAGGCAAUAUUGGCUCAGAACUCUCCUAUACGGAUAUUGGUGUGUUCAUCUCCUCUGAUGGGGGCAACACAUGGAGACAGAUCUUUGAUGAAGAGUACAAUGUCUGGUUCCUAGACUGGGGUGGUGCUCUGGUGGCCAUGAAACACACACCUCUGCCAGUCAGGCAUUUGUGGGUGAGUUUUGAUGAGGGUCAUUCCUGGAACAAGUAUGGUUUCACAUUGCUGCCUCUUUUCGUGGAUGGAGCGUUGGUGGAGGCUGGAGUAGAGACCCACAUCAUGACAGUUUUUGGCCACUUCAGCCUGCGCUCCGAAUGGCAGUUGGUGAAAGUGGACUACAAGUCUAUCUUCAGCCGGCGCUGUACCAAGGAGGACUUUGAGACUUGGCACCUGCUCAAUCAGGGAGAGCCUUGUGUCAUGGGGGAAAGGAAAAUAUUCAAGAAACGCAAGCCAGGCGCUCAGUGUGCCCUUGGCAGAGAGUACUCUGGGUCGGUGGUAUCAGAACCCUGUGUCUGUGCGGACUGGGACUUCGAAUGUGACUAUGGCUAUGAGAGACAUGGAGAGAGCCAGUGUGUCCCAGCUUUCUGGUACAACCCAGCUUCCCCUUCAAAAGACUGCAGCCUUGGUCAAAGCUACCUUAACAGCACUGGGUAUCGGAGGAUUGUAUCCAACAACUGCACAGAUGGGUUAAGAGACAAGUAUUCUGCUAAGACUCAGUUGUGUCCUGGAAAAGCUCCUCGGGGCCUCCAUGUGGUCACCACUGAUGGGCGCCUGGUGGCAGAACAGGGCCAUAAUGCAACUUUCAUCGUUCUAAUGGAGGAGGGUGACCUCCAAAGGACAAACAUCCAGCUUGACUUUGGGGAUGGGGUUGCUGUGUCCUAUGCCAACUUCAGCCCCAUUGAGGAUGGCAUCAGGCAUGUGUAUAAGAGUGCGGGGAUCUUCCAGGUGACAGCCUAUGCGGAGAACAACCUUGGCUCGGACACAGCUUUCCUCUUCCUGCACGUGGUUUGUCCAGUGGAACAUGUUCACCUUCGAGUUCCAUUCGUCGCCAUAAGAAAUAAGGAUGUCAACAUCAGUGCAGUUGUGUGGCCCAGUCAACUCGGGACCCUUACCUACUUCUGGUGGUUUGGCAACAGCACAAAGCCCCUAAUCACCUUGGACAGCAGCAUCUCUUUCACGUUCCUUGCAGAGGGAACCAACACCAUCACUGUCCAGGUAGCUGCUGGGAAUGCCCUCAUCCAAGACACAAAAGAGAUUGCAGUACAUGAAUACUUCCAGUCACAGCUCUUAUCAUUCUCUCCAAAUCUGGAUUACCACAAUCCUGAUAUCCCUGAGUGGAGACAAGACAUUGGCAACGUCAUCAAGCGAGCACUGAUUAAAGUGACCAGUGUCCCAGAAGACCAGAUCCUUGUGGCCGUGUUCCCAGGUCUCCCCACUUCAGCCGAGCUUUUCAUCCUCCCACCUAAGAACUUGACAGAGAGGAGGAAAGGCCACGAAGGGGAUCUAGAACAAAUAGUAGAGACACUAUUUAACGCGCUUAAUCAAAACUUGGUACAGUUUGAGCUGAAGCCAGGUGUCCAGGUCAUUGUUUAUGUCACACAGCUGACAUUAGCUCCCCUGGUGGACUCUAGUGCUGGGCAUAGCAGCUCUGCCAUGCUUAUGCUCCUCUCAGUGGUAUUCGUUGGCUUGGCUGUGUUUCUGAUCUACAAGUUUAAAAGGAAAAUCCCUUGGAUUAACAUCUAUGCCCAAGUCCAACAUGACAAGGAGCAGGAGAUGAUCGGGUCAGUGAGCCAAAGUGAAAACGCCCCCAAAAUCACACUCAGUGACUUCACCGAGCCCGAGGAGCUCCUGGACAAAGAGCUGGACACGCGGGUCAUAGGAAGCAUUGCCACCAUCGCAAGCAGUGAGAGCACAAAGGAAAUCCCCAACUGUACUAGUGUUUAACCAAGAAGUCACAUGCGCAAUCACCUUCCUGACUUUUUAUUUUUGAUGACUACUAUUCCUAUUAUUAUGGAAAAAAAUGAAAAUGUCUUUUUUUACCUUUUGUUUACCAAGGGUCCCUUCAUAAAUAGUGGGCAGAUGCUUAGCUUUGGGAAGGAAAAAAAAAGGCAUUAUUAGUUGAUCAUAAUGAGAUGAAAGAAUAUAUGGUUAUAUUUGUGUUAAGAAUGCAUCUUCCCAUCGGUUUCUUGCUUUACUCUGCUUUCAGUAGAGCAAAGUUCUUCUCGUGUCGUUCUGCCUUUUUUAAGUUGUGUUUUUGUUAACUUCGUCUUUCCCUACCCCUUUCAUGCUCUGCAUUACAUACACAUACAACACAGACCAUUCCUCAGUUCAAUUGCAGGACGUAGGUUGAGGGGGAGUGGACGUAGCUGCCAAAGGCGCGCACACCUUUCCGAAAGAGGCCCUGCCUCGUGCAUGUCAAAACUGAGGCUAAAGAUGGUGUAUUGUAUAUAACUACAAUGUAAAUAGCUUUUUAUUUCCUAAGAAAUAAUUUAAUGUUUAGUAAAAAAGAAAACAGAAAAAAAGAAAGAUGUGUGUGUUGGCUUCCGCACUCACCUUCAGAACUGACUGCCCCCCAGCCUGCUUGAUGUGUUGGAUUCUGGAUACCCUCCAGCUGUCUGCCACACUCAACUCUUGCGUCUCUGUCCACACCAUAGCUGGUUUCUGCUUAUGUAUAUAAACAGGGUGGGGGAAGGCUUCUACAGGGCAAUUGACAAAGGAAAGGCUUCAGUGUCAUUCAAGAACAUGGGGGUUGUUAUUCUUCCUAAGAUAACAUGGGAGAAAUAAUAAAGAAUAGUAGAGACUUCAAACUGAAACUCAGUUGGGGGAGACAAGACUUUCUCUAAAAAAGAAAAAAAAAAUAGGUAUUUAUCAGCCUGAGAAAGCAGUCCUCUCUAAAAAAAAUGCAGCAAGGAAUCAAAGAUCCUGGCAUUCUGUUUUCUAAUUGGAUUUUGUGAAUAUGUACAUUGCACAUGAUGAGCUGACCAGCUGUUCUGAGCUCAGAAGAGUCUCUGGGCAUUAUGUGAGGUCCAGUGAGCAUCUCCUAGUAUGACAAGAAUCAGAGAGGCUGGAUGGGAGUUCCCACUUGUGGAAUCUCCAAGUCUGUGCAGACCCUGCAGGCCAAACAGAGGUCUAGUCUUUAAUGAUAUUAGUCGGAAUAAUUUAGGCAAAGCUGUGCUAUUUGCUUGUCAGAUGUACACAACUUCCUUAAAGUCAGACGUCGGCCUUCAGUUCCCUUAAGGUAGUUCUCCUGCUUCUGGGGUGAAUGGCUUUCAAAGCUUGUAUUUACUUUUCUAGCACCCCAGCCCCUCCACCUGUUAAACAUGCCAAUCUCUUUUCUGUAGGAUCAUUUUACACCAUGCUGCAAGCAUCGUUUUCAUUUUCAGGCUCUGCCUGUGCACACUUGUUUCAAAGAAUGAUAUACUGUAUAUAUAUAUAUGAGAAGAAAGGCCACAUUUUGUACCUGUUAACCUUCAUGGGAUGCUGUUCAUAUUCCUCUUUGUGAGACACAGGGAGAAUGUGAUAGAGAAAUCUAGCUGGCUACAGCAUAGAUCAGUAUUAGAAGGGUUUCUAAAGAUUCUUCUUUUUCAUUUCAAGGGUUAAAUGGGGCAGACAAUUGCAAUAUGUGUACUAAACACUGGGAUACAGUGCAUGAGUCAUAUCUAUAUAUAUACAGUAUAUGUACAUAUACUGUUCUUGGUUUUAUUGUUCCAUUUGAAUAUUUCUACUGUAAAAAAAGACAGUGGUUUUGAAAUUGUUGAAAAUAAAUGUAUUUUUGUACAUCAACGCU